CCGAGAGAUUGCUUCUUGCCUAUCACGAUUCUCAUCGCGGCUCAGCGAGCUGAAAGGAGGAGGAUGAGCGCAAUUUAAAGCCAGGACCUGCAGCACCUCAUAUCCUUCAUUCAUCUCCUUUAAUUGAUCUCUAAUGCUCUCCCAUACUUAUACUUUUUUUUUUCCUCAACAGAAACCCUUUUAAAUAUUUUGAUGCAUUUUUUAUAUUUUUUUUGUGGUUGAAUCUUGGGGGAGUAUGAGAGGCAGAUAUGAUGUGAGGAAUGUGGGACCAUGAAUUAUCAAUGCGCGCAGCUUUGUUCGUGUGACAGGCUCGCAUCAGGACAGUCUGCCAAACAGCUGAAUAACUGUUAACUUUCCUGCACAUCUUCGACGUCUCCAGCUGCAGCAGCAGCUAGCCGACUUCUCGCGCAUGAGAGGCUGUAGGUGUGGAAGCAGGAUGUGGAGCAGGGAGAGCGCAUCUUCACUCCUCAUCUGCCUGCUGGUGCCCACAGCUCUCUGGGAAAGCAGAUCAGUGAAAGCCGACCAAGGACCUUAUGACCCAAAGGAAAACAUCACCCUGUUUACACGCAUCCUGGACAGACUGCUUGAUGGAUACGACAACCGUCUCCGGCCCGGUCUGGGAGACAGGGUAACCGAGGUGAAGACCAACAUCUUCGUCACCAGCUUUGGUCCGGUCUCAGACACCGACAUGGAGUACACCAUAGAUGUUUUCUUCCGGCAAAGCUGGAGGGACGAGAGGUUAACGUUUCAUGGACCAAUGAACAUUUUACCCCUGAACAACCUGAUGGCGAGUAAGAUCUGGACUCCAGAUACCUUCUUUCACAAUGGGAAAAAGUCUGUGGCGCAUAACAUGACCAUGCCCAAUAAGCUGCUGCGGAUCAAAGAUGACGGGACGCUGCUGUACACCAUGAGGUUAACAGUGCAUGCCGAGUGCCCAAUGCAUCUGGAGGAUUUCCCCAUGGACUUUCAUUCCUGUCCACUAAAAUUUGGCAGCUACGCCUACACAAUCUCAGAGGUGACUUACGCUUGGACCCGGAAUGCUUCGGACUCGGUGGUGGUGGAGGAGGAGAGUUCCCGCCUGAACCAGUACGACCUACUCGGUCAAACUGUUGGACAGGAAACCAUCAAAUCAAGCACAGGUGAAUACACAGUGAUGACAGCUCAUUUCCACCUAAAGAGGAAGAUUGGCUACUUUGUCAUUCAAACGUACCUCCCAUGCAUCAUGACAGUCAUCCUUUCCCAGGUGUCCUUCUGGCUAAACAGAGAAUCAGUGCCUGCUAGGACUGUGUUUGGCGUGACCACCGUUCUAACGAUGACUACUCUGAGCAUCAGCGCCAGGAACUCCCUGCCUAAGGUUGCCUACGCCACCGCCAUGGACUGGUUCAUCGCUGUCUGUUACGCCUUCGUGUUCUCCGCUCUGAUUGAGUUCGCAACAGUCAAUUACUUCACAAAGCGAGGCUGGGCCUGGGAUGGGAAGAGUGUAGUGAGUGAGAAGAAGAAAGAGAGGGCAUCUUUGAUGAAGAAGAAUAACGCCUACGCAGUAGCGGUGGCCAACUACGCCCCUAAUGUCAGCAAGGACUCCACCGCUCUCCCAAGCAUCGCCAAAGGGGGCGCCGUGGACCCCGGUAAGCCAAGAGCGGACGGCAAGGCCCCAGAAGCCAAGAAGACGUUCAACAGCGUCAGCAAGAUUGACAGGUUGUCACGGAUUAUGUUCCCCGUUCUCUUUGGGACGUUCAACCUGGUCUACUGGGCCACCUACCUAAACAGAGAACCUGUUAUAAAGGACAUGGUUCCGUCUAAUUAGAACCCUGCAUUAGACGGACUGUGGAAGAGAUGAACCAAAUACCUCCAGCAACUGUGUACACGAACUUUUGCAGUCCUGGAUCGCAGCGUGAUCCUCUUUCUCCGCCCGUUUUCUACACCGUCUGCAGCACUUUUGAAAAGCCCAGCUUUUGUAAAUGUGUAUGUACAUUUAUAUAUUCAAGGUUCAUGGUGAUAGUGAAGUUACUUUGAAUCGAGUGCAUAUUUACUUAAGAUACUUCACAUGGCCACUGUACAUAUAAAACAAAUGGAGAAAAAGAUGCUGAACAUUAACACAUGAAUUUUCUUUAUUAUUCAAAGUGUGCUCACCUAUGCUGGUAAAAUCCACCUUCUUGGUAUCACAGAUUUAUGGGUUUUUUUGGACGAUGGGGGACAUAAAAGUUAUUUAUUUAAUUUUUGCUCUGUCUGUAGAUAGAAAGCACACAUGUGCAAUACCGUUGUUUUAAAUGUAUUUUAUUUUCUGGGAUAGAAGGUUGGAGCCUGAACCAGAAUAACAGUAUCAACAAAAGAAGUAGUUGUGCGUGAGCAAUUUGUUUUUUCCUUUUAAACUGUUUUAUUUCACCGUAGCAUUUUUCCUCAAAAACA